UCUGAAUUUUUGGUUUCUAAAUUCUCUGUCUUUGCCUGUUGUUCCUCAGAAUCAUCAAAAGAUGUCUUCGUGCAUAAGCGGCGGCGGAAGAACCUAUGCGUUCGAGCUUGAAAUAAUUAAAUCGCCGUCCACAUCAACCUUCACCUCCACCUCUUCUCCCUCCUCAACUCUCUCGGAAUCCUGCAACUCCGGCCUCGCAAUUUCGACACGAAAACCUCGUACCCCCAGAAAACGGCCCAACCAAACAUACAAUGAAGCCGCCGCAUUGCUCUCCACAGCGUACCCCAACAUCUUCUCCUCCAAAAGUUUCACAAAUCCCAGAAAAUUCACCAAACCUCACGACUCCUUCUUCGACCAAUCCGCGGAGUUGCUCCUGCCGUUCAGAGUCAUCGAGGCCGAAAACUCCGGGUUCUUGCUCCACCACCAACACCGGGAAAACCCCAGUUCCCGAUUAGAGCCCAAGUCCCUGAACUCGUUCGAGAAGCCGUGCCGGAGUCCGGGGGAAUUCGAGUCCCAACCGAAUUGCAAUUCCGAUUCCAUGGAGUUGAGUGACGGGUAUAAUUUCCAAGAGGAAGAUUUCGAUGCGGAGUCGAUUCUCGACGAGGAAAUUGAAGAGGGGAUUGAUAGCAUCAUGGGAAGUAUGAGUGUGAACAUGGACUUGGAGGAGGAGUCUAACAAUGGCGGAGGUGGGCAAAUAAAGAAUUCGAAUCCAAACCCGAAUUCGACUUGGAAUUCCUGUUAUGGGUACCCAAUGGGGCUCGGAUUUGGCGGGAAAUUUGAGUUCGGGUCGAGAAGAGGAGUGAGGCCGUUGAGGCACGUCGACGAGGGGAACUGGUGGAGUUUUCCCACCGUAGAUGUUCUUGAAAUCUCGCCCAGAUUCAACAAAUCUCUAUCAUCUUCCACCCCGGCUCCGGCAGCGGCCACAGCCAAGAAGAAGAAGAAGAAGAAGGUGGAGAAACUGUCGGUCUUGGAAUCGAGAAUCACCGCGGAAUCGCCUAAUGAGGCGAGUCCGAUUCCCAAGCCCCCGGCGGAGGAAGAGCCCGGGCUGAUGCUGAAGUUGGACUACGACGACGUUUUGAAUGCCUGGUCGGACAAAGCGUCGCCGUUUUCGGAGGAAAUUCCGGGAUCUGAUGCGGCGGGGAAUGAUGUCGCUGCCAGGUUGGCGCAGAUUGAUUUAUUCUCGGACGUCGGAGGACUGAGGGAAGCUAGCGUGUUGCGCUACAAGGAGAAACGCCGUACUCGCCUCUUCUCUAAGAAGAUCAGAUACCAAGUUAGAAAAGUCAACGCCGAUCAACGACCCAGGAUGAAGGGUCGAUUUGUUAGAAGGCCACAUUCUAGCACAAAUGCUCAAAGACAAAAGGAAAUAUGACGAUUUUCUCUUUGGAUCAUGGCCAUAGGACACACUUUCUGGCCCCUCUUUCUCUCUUUCCCUUUGUUAUAUUAAUUAAUUAAUUAGUCUCCUAUUUUGUUAAUUAAUUUUUAUUUUUAUGUUUCUCACACUAGCUAAGAAGCCCAAGAGAUGAAGACUACGCUAGUUAAUUAAGAAGGGGAGCAUGGAGAAUCCAUCAACUUUUUAGUGUCUAGGUUCUCAUUUUCCGUACAUGUUUCUCUGUUUUUUUAACUUCUACUCUGGUUCUCAAGUCAUGAAUAACUUUUGAUAGGUAAAAGAGAUUUUCUUGUAGGAGGCACAAGUAGCACAUAAAUGAAGUUAUUUUAGUUGAAUUUA